GAGUCCAUGUUUUCCCGCGCUCACGUGCCAGCGCGUGCACGCGUGCCUUUCAGUAGUGUGGCUGCGAUGCCAAAGCCCAGCUUAGCAACACGGCUAACGCGGAUACUACUAGCGUUACUACUGCUCUGCUGCUGCGGCUGCUGGGGUUGUUUUUUUAUGAUUCAAAGCUGUUUUUAGUACACAUUGGAGCUAAAUUACACGGCGUUGGCACGAGUCGGAGUCCGGCGGUGGAAUAAAUAACAUCUACCCUCUCUUUGUUUGCUUGUUUGGAAGAUUAUAAUGCUCUUUCUUCUGAAAGGAUCCUGAACCGAGCGAGUGAGAUGAAACGAGGCCGAGUAAACAUUGCGGCCAAGUGCCAGAGCUUCAGCCCUACCCAGAACAGAGCCAAGAGGCAAAGGACUGGCCAGGGAGUGUCUGCCUCACAGAGUUAUGUCCAUGACUGGGGCAACCUGCCCCAUCACAUCGUCCUGCACAUCUUCCAGUACCUGUCUUUAGUGGACCGAGCGCGGGCCUCGUCCGUGUGCCGCUGCUGGAAUGAUGUGUUUCACAUCCCUGAGCUGUGGAGGCGUUUUGAAUUCGAGCUGAACCAGCCGGCCACGUCCUACCUGAGGUCCACUCACCCUGACCUCAUCCAGCAGAUCAUCAAGAGACACGCUCAGCACCUGCAGUACGUCAGCUUCAAGGUUGACAGCUGCACAGAGUCUGCAGAGGCAGCGUGUAACAUCUUGUCCCAGCUGGUGAACUGCACUAUUAAAACCCUGGGCCUGAUCUCAACAGCAAGGCCCAGCUUUAUGAAUGUCUCUCAGUCACACUUCGUGUCUGCGCUGACGGUGGUGUUUGUGAACUCCAAGUCUCUGUCCUCCAUAAAAAUUGAUGAUACGCCAGUUGACGACCCUUCCCUGAAGGUUCUGGUGGCCAACAACAGUGACACGCUGAAGCUCCUGAAGAUGAGUAGUUGUCCACACGUCUCCCCAGCAGGAAUCCUGUGUGUGGCAGACCAGUGCCACGGCCUGCGAGAGCUGGCACUCAACUACCACCUCCUGAGCGACGAGCUGCUGCUGGCGCUCUCCUCAGAAAAGCACGUGCACCUGGAGCACCUGCGCAUCGAUGUGGUGAGCGAGAACCCGGGCCAGACCCAGUUCCACAGCAUCAAGAAGAGCAGCUGGGACGCCCUUAUCCGCCACUCUCCGCAGGUCAACAUCGUCAUGUACUUCUUCCUGUACGAGGAGGAGUUCGAGCCGUUCUUCUGUGAGGAAACACCCGUCACGCACCUGUACUUCGGCCGUGCCGUCAGCAAGGACAUGCUGGGCCGCAUCGGGCUGAACUGUCCGCGCCUGGUGGAGCUGGUGGUAUGCGCCAAUGGACUGGAGCCCCUGGAUGAGGAGCUGAUCCGCAUCGCCGAGCGCUGCAAGAGCCUGACGGCCAUUGGCCUGGGCGAGUGCGAGGUCACCUGCAGCGGUUUCAUGGAGUUCGUGAAGAUGUGCGGCGGCCGCCUCAGCCAGCUGUCCAUCAUGGAGGAGGUCCUGAUACCGGACAACAGCUACAGUGUGGAGCAGAUACACAGCGAGGUGUCCAAGCACCUCGGACGCAUCUGGUUCCCUGACAUGAUGCCCACCUGGUAGACAUAUGUAUGGGCAUGUAUAUGUACAGUACAGUGUAAAUGACUAAGAGAAUUACAUUUAAAGAUAUUUAUUUGAGCACUAUGUGUUUAUUUGCUCUGACAGAUGUCAGAAUAAAUACAAAUAAAUUUGAAUACAAUAAAUUGUGA